CAUCUCAAUGGCUGCAACCGCAUUACAAUAAUGUAACACAAAACAAACACCAAAAUGUACACAAUCUGGAAGUACAAUGCAGAGGAAGAUCCUCAUAAGAAAAUAAUAUAAUAGCCACAUAGAAAUCACAACAACUUUUCAGUAUCCAAUAAUGUUUACGUUACUCAAUACCUUGCCACUCCAAAUCAAAAGUCCCUUCCUGAGAAAACUUAUGAGGAUAGGAUGGAGGAAUUUUGUGGAUUCCUCGUCAGAUUCAAAAAGGAAUAAGGACGUAAUGAUCCAAGGAACCAGCUUAGUUCAUUUCCGUGUCAGAAGAGCUCGACCCCGGGACAUGCCAAGGGUGAUCCGGUUCGUCCAGCAGAAUGCGCCGCUGAUGUGGCCCGGAGCCAACAUCCCAACGACCAGCAAAAGCCAUGUCGCUGUCAUGACAGACCUGCUUUCUAGGAGUUUGAGUCAAGGGCAUACCAUGUUGGCCGAGCAGCAAGAAGCCAAUCGCGGCUGGCUGCAAGUCCGAGGGUUAGCUCUCAACACCAGCCUUACUCCCUGGGAUGCCACGCUGCUGGAGAAAUGGGCGCACUGCAUCCAAUGUGACAGUUCAAAGAAGCUGAUACUCCUAAGCGCGCAGUUCCUCCAAGCGCCAGGGCUACAUAAGAAGUAUAUGGUGUCACAAAUUUUACAGAUACUCCUCCUGGUGCCCCCCGACACCCCCCGGGCGUCGCAGGUGGCCCAGGUGCUGGCGAAAGCGUCCAUGCACCGCGGUCAAGACCUGGGGUACAAAGUGAUCCGGUUCGACGUCACAUCAGACCUAGUAAACAAAGUUCUUAGUGAGCUGAAGCUUACUAAGGAAUGGGAGACGAAUGUUGAUUCCGUAUUUACUAAGGAGACUAACAAUCAAAGAAAAUCCAGUACCAAGAUCAAGAAAAUUAUUGUUUACACCGCUUUCCCGCAAAGAGAUGGAAAGUGAAAAAAAAAGUGUAAUAGUUAAAGCAAAGUAAAAUCAGUGAAAACAAAAUGUAUUAUUGUCACAAUUAUAAUAAUGAAACAGGAUUUG